GGAACCCACCAGAGAGAUGUCCCAGUCCUCCGUAUUCCCGGGAUUCCACACAGGAAGAUCACACCAUCUCAUGUAACAUUAAAGACAAGAUAAAAAAGGAGGAUGAUGAGGUUGAUGUGAUGGAGGAGUUUUCAAAGGGACAAAGAGAUCCCUCCAAGGAUGUCAAGAGGGAGCCAUUCGGUGACACAAAUCCACCAGAGAGAUGUCCCCAUUCCUGGGAUUCCACACAGGAAGGUCUCACUAUCCCUCACCAUCAUCAUGAGAUGGAGGACGUCUGAGGAGCACCUUGGAGGAAGAUCUUAUUUUAACCUCUGAUGGCAAUGCAGAAGAUAAUGGCAAAGUACAAUAUUCUCCAGCAGUAGAUCGCAUCGCUCACAAUAUACACCAUCCUGAGACAUCAAUGGAUCCCUCUAAUCCUGAAGAAUCUUCUGACCAAUCACAUUCUGUUACUCCAGAUGUCCAUCGAAGGUUUCACGGUCCAGAAAGGUCAACAGAUCCACCUCAUCCCAAGGGAUCUUCUCCAGGCCAUGAAGGAGUUCACACAGCAGAGUAUUUAUUGUCGUGUUUGGGGUGCGGUAAAUCUUAUAAAACAAACUCUGAACUUCAUCUACAUCUCAGAUCUCACACCAGGGUGAUCUUUACGUGUUCUGAGUGCGGGAAAUCUUUCACUGAGAAAAAGGAACUGCUUACACACCUGAAAAUUCACGAGGCUGAAAAUGUUUACUCGUGUUCCGAGUGCGGAAAUUGGUUCACCAAGAAAGCUGCACUUAAAAGGCACCAGAAAGUACACACGGGCGAGCGUUCCCAUACGUGUUCGGAGUGUGGGGAACGCUUUUCUGAGAAAAGGACCCUCCUCAUGCAUCAGAGGAUUCACACGGGGGAGCGCCCUUUUUCCUGUCCAGAGUGUGGUAAAAGUUUCAUUCAGAAACCAGAGCUAAACCGACACGUUAAAAGUCACAAAGAAGUGCGUCGCUACACGUGCUCAGAGUGCGGAAAAUAUUUUCAUGAAAAAAUCAACCUUCUUGAUCACCAGAAUAUUCACGCUCCUGUUCAAGGUGCGGGAAGUGUUUUCGUUCAUGAAGAGAAUGUGAAAACACACACCUCCUGAUUCUGAUGGCAAAGGCGUGGUGGAAAAUGUUAGCAUUGCAUGGUUUUUAAUGUUUCAGUUUAUGGUUGGCGUCCAUAAUCCUGUUCAGAGUGCGGAAAAUGUUUAAUUGAGGGAAGAAAAUACCCUUUUCUGUGUGGGAAAAGUAUGAGAAAAGCAGACCUCAACUGACACCAGAAACUGCACAAAGGUGAGCACU